CGGCUUUGAACCCUUCUUUGACCCAUGGGGGUGACCACGACGUGUACGGCUGCAUCCUCACCUGCGACUAUGAGUUCGUGUCCCCGUGGUGGGACGAGGUUUCCCUCAACGCCAAGGCCUUGGACCGCCGCACCGGGUGUCAGGGAAGCGUUAGUCUCCGGCUUUGUGAGUACCUGGAGGUUUUUUGCUUCUUAAGGACCCGAAAGACUGAAUCGUGCAACUAAGAAACGGGGAAAAUUGAGUAACGGACGCACUCAAAGCGUAACGAUGAGCCACCGGGGAAGCUGGUGCGGCCUGAGUUGUAGGUUAUGACAGCUGGCCUCAGUUGUCAGACUUUGACAAUAGUGAACUUUUUUUUUUUCUUUCCCCCCCUGUUACUUCAGCGGACAAAAGAAACUUGCUUUGCCCUCCUGCAGACCGUGCAGGACUUCAGCAGUGUUGUCUAUUUAUUUGUGGCUGUGUUUUCUAGACUUACUAGUUCAGUAAGACCUUCUUAUGUUGGACUGGUAGAAAAGGCUGCUCUGCCAGAAUUUUAAUUCUGGAGAACAUGGUGAAGGUAACAUCGGAUCAGUUAUGUGUACUGUUUUGCUUUUGAGAUAACCAUGUGCAUCCCAUCUCUGUCCUGAAUUACUUUAAAAAGAAGACCUUGGCUGAAAAUAGACUAAGUUUUGGGUAACUCUUCGAUCUUUUGUCUCUUUCUUCAGAGCGCUCUGGGACUUUCCUUUCCUACAUGCAACACAGUCAUGACAGAUCAAGAGUAUGUGCUUUGCAAGUGGAAGAAGCGUUUAUGGCCAGCAAAGAUUUUGUCCAAGACCGGAGCUCCUAGAAAGCCAUCCGUUACUAAUGCAAAGGAGACAUCUUUUAAAGUUGAAAUACUUGGCUUGGAGGAACAGAUUAGAGUCAACUGUGCAGAUACUGAACCACUGAAGGAAGAGCAUAUACAAAACAUUGCCUCUAAUUUAGCAGAUCAGGGGAAGAAUUCUAGUGAGGCUGUGGAAGAACUGAAAUAUCGCCGUGCUCUUAAAAUUGCCUUAGAUAUUUUGAAUCAGAAUGACUCACCCAGACAAGUACCACCCUCAGAAGAGGAACCAAGUACUCAGUUAUCCCAGAAGAACAAGAGAAGAUCUCUCUCGUCUACCCCCUUAACUGCUUGUCGAUCACUCCUAACUAAAGAAAAGUUAGAGUUUGACGCUCCCAAGAAGAAGAGAGACAAACAAAAUAACCCCAACCUGAAAACUGAUACCAAAAAACAAAAGUGGAAACACUCUUUCAUUUUGGAAGAGGGCACUAAAGCACAUGAAGCUGGAACAAAACCUUCAAAACGUAGGACUGGGGACUUGCAUAAUACAUCAAAUCCGAAAAGUAAAAAUGACAAAAUGCCAGAAUCGAAAUCACUAAUAAGGCAGAAAAAAAUCAAGCCUGGCCUGCUGCCAAAGUCCCAGACAAAAAAUAAAUCCUCACUUAAGCCAAAGGAGGAGGAAAGUAAGCAAGGAAGAAAAAGACCAAGAGGUGCAGGAUCACCCAUAUCGUGUAUUAAUGAUUUCCGGGAAGAUCAAGUGCAUCCUCUUACUGAAGAAAGUAAUCCUGUGUCUAUUUCCUGCAAGUCUGACACAGUAGUACCUGUCAGAAGAAGGGCAAACACCAAAGGUCAACCUAGGAGGACAGUCCUGGAUUCUUCUUGUGAAUGUGCCUCGGAUAACAUGGAGAGCAGCAUCAGUAACGAGAGUGAAAGUCUAGCAAAGAAAUUAGACAGAAAGAAGUCAGUGAAUUUAAAACACAGAGAACAAGAGACCAACGCAACUGCGUCUUCGUGCAGAAAAAGGAAAUGCAGGAAUUGCCCUGAAUCUUCACCUGGGCCUUCAAACCAUGGAAAUAUCUCUGAUGGUUUCCUCCCUAAGCUUAAAGAGGAGGAAAACAAGAGUACUUCACACAUGCUUAGGAAUAAUAAAGUAAAUGACUUCCAGCUGCCUGACUUUGAGGAAGAUGAAGGAUUGGAAUCUUCUGAUAUGUCUUUGAAGAUAAGUUCCUCAGAGAACCUGUCGCUCCUCUCAGCUCUGGUAGAUGAGGAAGAGGAAGAAGAUGAAGAACUUCCUAGUAUUCUAUCACAUCAAGUCGUAGAGCCACAGUCAAUUGAAGAAGGGAUUUUGGUCUGGUGCAAAUUGCGAAGAUAUCCGUAUUGGCCAGCAGUGGUAAAAAAAGUGAAGCGGAAACACAAAAAGGCAAAUGUGCUGUUUAUAGAAGGGAAUACAAAUGACAAGACAAAAGGUUUUUCAGUAUCUCUUAGGAAUCUAAAGCACUUUGAUUGUGAAGAAAAGCAGGACUUAAUAGACCGAGCCAAAGAAGCUUACUGUCGAGAAAUUGAGUGGUGUAUUCAAUUGAUUUCUGACUAUCGGAUUAGAGUAGGUUGUCAUUCUUUUACGGGAUCCUUCUUGGAAUAUUUUGCUGAUGAUAUCAGCUAUCCAGUUAGAAAGGAAGGUAUUCAAGGUUUAGUCCAAAUGACCUUUCCAAAUGUAGCAGAGGAAGAGCUUGAAGAAUCUUCAUCAGAAACUUCACCUAGCAAGCCCUCCAAGAAACUGCUUCCUGACAGAACAAGGGCUGCUAGGGAUAAAGCUAAUGAAAAGAUAGUGGAGUUUAUAGUGAAGACUAAGGGGGCGGAAGAGCAUCUUUUGGCUAUUUUGAAAAGCAGAAAACAAUCCCGGUGGCUGAAAGAAUUCCUGAAUUCAAGUCAGUAUGUGACCUGCGUUGAAACUUAUUUAGAAGAUGAAGAACAACUGGACCUUGUGGUAAACUACUUGAAGGAAGUAUAUCAUGAAAUAGACACUGGAAAUCUGCAUCGAAUAAAUGGAGAUGGAAUAAAGUUUAUUUCAGAUGUCCUUUUGCCUGAAGCCAUCAUUUAUGCGAUAUCUGCUGUGGAUGACAUAGAUUACAAGAAGGCAGAAGAGAAAUACAUAAAAGGACCAUCUGUGAGCAAAAGGGAGAGAGAAAUAUUUGAUGAAGAAAUUCUAGAAAGGAAAAAGUGGAAGACUGAACUAGCAUCUGAAGACAGCAAAUAAAUAGUGGUAGGAACUUUCUCUAGUCUAUAGUGGCACUGAAUGUAUAUAAUGGAGAAGUGGUUACCUGUACAAAAUGUGUAAUUUCUACUUUUUUAAAGUCAGUAUGUAAAUAGUCUUCAAAAGAUGUAACAAAUCAUUAUAAUGCUGUAUUACCUGAAGAUACAAUUGUAUCUUCAGUCCUCGCUCUAAAUUCUGCGUAAUGGAGCUGCAUAUUACUCUCCUCCGUCUUGCCAUACUGAACUCCCUGUAAAAGACAAUGUAUAAAUAUGUAAUAAUGCUAUUACAAGUGUAUUGCAAGCCAGUUAUCUUCAUCCACUCCAUGUGCUUGAAAUGGAAUUCACAGGAGAACAGCAAAGGUUUUUGCAAAGCUGCUUGAUGGAACUCUUGUAUUAAGUUUUGUAUUAAUUAUUGUGGCCAAAUAUCUCUGACAAACGAAGGUCAAGUGUCCUCAGAACAACAUGUACUGGUAAAUUAUGUAGCCACAUAUUGCUUUAACUGUACUGCUACUGAAUAUACCAUCUAAAAAUCUUUCCAAAGGGUUGACUAUUAUUCCAUCUGUGUUCAAAAAUGAGAAAUAAAACUGAUACCUGGUGAUGAAACUGAAA